AUGUGGAAAAAUAUAGUUUUUCUUGCCUUCGUGGCAACAGUGUAUUGUAAUCCAGUGGAACGCGGUAUAGAAGAAAAUUUGGUUGGUGCAGUUUCGGAAUGCAUAGACAAAGAUACGUCUCUAUGCCUGAAGGAAAAGGCACUGAAAUUCACCGAAAAACUCUCUAUCAGCAAGGAUUUGAACAUAUUUGAAGGCAUGUCUCUUAUCAAUACUGGUUCAGCUAGAUCCGCUCGCAGCUUUGAACAAUUGUCCGAAGACCCAAAGACUAGAGAAGUUCAGAUUGAGGAGAGAAUAGCCAGCAAUGUUGGAGACUUCCUUGAUAAUCAUGUACUGCAGUUACGUCUGUCUGAAGAUUCCGAUGAAGCCAGAGACUUAGACGAGGAAGGUCGUGGCAAGAAGAAGAAGAAGAUCAAGAAGAUCCUUCCUCUCCUUCUUCUCUUGAAGUUGAAACUCGCUGCUCUGAUUCCCCUGUUCCUCGGAAUAAUCGCCUUUGUGGCAAUCAAGGCCGUCUUCCUAGGAAAGAUUGCAUUCGCUAUGAAUGCUUUUACUCUUAUAAGGAAACUUUUGGCCAAGAACAAUUCUGGUUCAUCAGGCGGAGCUAUAAAUUAUGCUCCUCAUCAUCCUGAAGAACACCCUGGCUACUCUUAUGAACCAGCUCAAGGUUGGAGUAGAAAAGUCAAUGAUGCCCAAAGCAUGGCGUACGCUGGUCAAUUAUCUUAA